CAAAGGGAAAUUUAAAGGUUGGAAGAGCAGAGCAGAGCAGAGCAGAUAUAAGAGAGUCCGAAGUGCUUUGCCUUCACAAGUUCCGUGACAGACCUUAAGGACAUCUGCGUAGGAGACUCGAGAAGCGGUUGAAAUAGCCGAGAGCUGAAUAGAUAUGCAUACAUUUUCAACCGAUGCGCACAUAUAUUUUUUAAUCACACGCUCCCCGCAGCCUCGUCAUCAGCCAUCUUAUCAACCAAUCAAAUCAAUUCCCGCUCAAAGCAAACAAAGAUGGCGGCUCUUCUUGUCUUGUUUAGUUUUUAAACGGAAACCUCUCGAAAUACCAAUUACUCCUUUGUCAAAAAGGCGUAGAACGGUUUUCAAUCCAAAACAAUGAUGCUAAAAGUUAUAUUCUGAAAGUAUUAUGAUAAGACCAAUGAACAAUCCAACGAAUCUACCAGCCCUUCCAGGGACUACCGACAGAAGAAACAGCCCACCUGUGUCCACUGAAGGAAACAGGCUGCGAAAAUUAGAGGGAAGAAUCAGUCUAAGUGAACAGUCCAACAGAGCUCUUCUUGAAGAAAUUGUAAGACUACAAGGUGAACUCAAAAACAGUGUGCGACGAAAUGAAGAAACAUUACGGGAUGAAAAGGAACAUAGACAAGUUUUAUCUGAGAAAAUUCGAGCAGCUAACAAUCUUUAUACCCAACUAAUGAUGAGACUAGCUCGAACAGAAGAAAAGCUUGAUUCUGAACACAGUGCCGUUGGGUCACUUGUUAACCAUACGAAACAUGUUGAACAGACUUUAAUGGGUAACCAGCAGCAGUUACUUAAUCGGCGAGAACAGGUUCACGUUCGGAUUGAACGCAUUAAAGAAGACUUGGAAGAUUUACAGGAUACUUAUGAACAGUCGCAGAAAAACAUGAGGGCCAUGAGCGAAGAUGUUAGAAACACUAAAAGUAAAUUAGAGGUGCAAACCGUUCAGUUUGGGACUAUGGUGCAGGAGUUGCGACAACGCAUGAAGAAGAUAGAAAAUGAUUCUCAGUCAGCUAUGGAUUACCUUAGAAAAGAGACUGACAGUCGAGGAGUUAUGGAAGUAAGCACGGCACAGCUUAAGAACACUAUUGAAUUAAGAUUAUCAGAGAUAAAAGAAACAGUUGGUGAACUUAGAAGGCGAUUAGAGCUGGAAGAAUCAGAGAGAAGGUCUGCUUCACAGCAAGCUUUGCUGAGCAUUGAACAACUUAAAACCAUGAUUCAAGAAGUGGACCACAAAAGAGAAGAGGACACUCAAAAUACCUCCAUGUUAAGCAGAGAUAAGGAAAGUAUGAUGAUGUCUGAGAGAAGUCAAAUAGCUAACAGGAUGGCUGAGCUGACAGAGGAACAAAACAAGAAGCUGAUUCAGAAGGAAAUUAGACUAAGAGAAGAAGCACAAUCGAAAUUCUUGGCCAUGGAAAAGAAAUUUAGAGAAGAGCAGGGGUCUAGACUCAACUUUGAAAAAGCACUAAGAGAAGAGAUAGAACGAAGAUGGCAGUCUCUUAAGUCUUACCUUGAUGAAGAAGUACAGACAGUCAAAGGAGGAGGCAAGAUGAGCCAAGUUAAAACAGAUCAGAGUCUUGUGCGACUAAAUGAAGCCAUCUCUCUCCUUGAAAGACAAAUGGAAGAAGGAAGAAAGGCAGUUGAGCAAGUACUACAUGCAGAAAUAACUUCCAGACAAUCUCAGCAUGAGAAGCUUGCCUCCAAACUAACCCAGAUGCAAGAGAAGCUGGAUCUUGCUAUUAGUACUCUGCAACAAGCUGUUGGGGGAAUUAACACUCGUCUGGAUGAGGACGUCAAAAAGGCAAAAGAGGAACUCAAAUCUCUGAUAGAUCAGAGUAGUAAUACAGGAGUAAAAGGAAUGGCAGACAUGGACUCCAGGAUUGGUAAAAUAAACAAAAAAGUGAUUGAUCUAGAAGACGCAAUUGAGAGAAUAGACAAGAGGAUCAAAGAACCUCCGAUAAUACAGGUUACUUCCACUGGUGAAGAUAACAGUUCGAAAGCAGAGGAAAAUAUAGCAAGAUGGAAGCGUGAAACAGAAGAAAGAUUCUAUGAAGUUGACAAGAAGAUAAAGCCUUUGCCAGAUGAGAUGAAUCAAAUGCAGUCAGAACUGAAAGCUCUGAGGGAGGGGUUCAAAGCUUUGGCUGAAGAAAUGUUAAGAGUUCCAACUCCCAGGCAAGUCACACCAGAGACAAGAGUACCAACCCCUCCACCACCCAGAACAGCAACACCCAGGACACAAACACCCAGGACACCCAAAACAAAGACACCUGUACCCAAAUCACCUGAACCAAGUGAAUCUGACAUAGUUGAAAUGAAAGAACGGAUGCAGAAACUAGAGGACACUGUAUCAGAGCAAAAUUCCCAAGUGAGUAAACUAGAGAGUACGGUGGAAACCUUACGCAUGGUUCUGUCACAGAAGAUACUGUCAGAGGCACAAACUCGAAAUAAACACAUCAAAGGAGUAGAAAGUGACAUCGAGAAGAUCGUCAAGUAUUAUCUGCUGGAUCAUCGACGCAUCUUCGUCAAGUACAAGGACAUUAACCCGAUUCGCGCCCUGCCAGGCGAAGGAACAGGAGUUAUGAGGUUCGCAUUGCUAGAGAUCAAUAGAUGGGGCAUCUACCAGGCACAUAAGAUGAUGCAGAUUAAGAACGCGUGGUACACGUUGCUUGAGAGGAGUAGAAAACGCGAAGAUGAGAUGCCUGAAGAUCCUGACUUACCACCACCUAUAGUAAGACCUGAUACUGCGGAUAGUGACGACGUGAAAGAUGAUAGCGAUGAUGAUGAUGACGACGACGAUGAUGAUGAUGACGACGACGANGAUGAUGAUGAUGAUGAUGAUGAACCACCCAACAAAAAUAAGAACGAACCCGCCAAAAAUAAUAAAACAAAAAAAUAAAUCGUGUCAAAAAUAAAUUAUAAUGCAUGAGAUGACAGGACCAUAAUCUUUUUUUAUGAUGUAAAGUGUAAAUACGUUUACCUUUUUUUAUCGUAAAGAUGUAAAAUAAAUUUCUACUUUUCUUUCGCAAGGUUAUGCCAAGACCGCGUUCGCAAACGUAAGGGACACUUAUAAAAGCGCGCGCGAGGUCUAAAUUCUUACAUUUUGUCAUCCUGUAUGUUUCCCACCCAUACCAAUGCGAACUAUAUAGGGUGGCAUGGCUCUACUGCUUUACUUCAGCACUGCGCGCUGUCUGGACCAAGUUUAGAAAGAAAGUGCAGUAAGUACCCUUCGUCUCCUUGAAACGGGCACGACAUUAAAAUAUUACACCACUCAACAGCAUACAAAAAUAAAACUUUGGGGACUGCAUGGCCGGGUUACUAAUUAUGUAUACUUUGUAUGACAAGGCUUCUAUAGUCUACAGAUAAUGCCGCUAAUCUGUGCUUUGAAGGAUAUGCAAAUAAAUAUCAGUCAAACAUAGUAAUCCUUACUGUCAAAAAGAUCCUAUAUAUAUUUACUCAGUUUAACCUGCUUUAGACGCAUUCGAAAUACUUGUAAGACAUUUCGUAUAAGAGCAGUUUGUUUCGUUUUGGAGGCGAAGGGAAGAUGACGGCCCGAACGCGCCUAAAAAUAUAGGCCCGCGCGUUCUUACAAACUUCAUAUAUGAGUAUUAAGUAAAUGUUAAACAUUUGUACUUAAUUCGUACAAAGUGUGAAAUAAAGUAUUUAUAUUGUUAUAAUAA